AUGGAGUCUUCUUCCUUAUUACUCACUGGAUCUGUUUCCAAGAUUACCACUUUUACCAUUUUGAUUGUUUUCUUGCUUUCUUCCUCAACUUUCACUUCUACAGAAGCUUAUGAUGCUCUUGAUCCAAAUGGGAAUAUAACUAUUAAAUGGGACGUAAUACAGUGGACUCCAGAUGGCUAUGUGGCAGUUGUUACAAUGUAUAACUUCCAGCAAUAUCGCCACAUUCAGUCACCUGGUUGGACUUUGGGGUGGACGUGGGCGAAAAAGGAAGUAAUCUGGAGCAUGAUGGGAUCGCAAACCACCGAACAAGGCGAUUGUUCAAAAUUCAAAGGAAACAUACCUCAUUGCUGUAAGAAGGAUCCAACUGUUGUGGAUUUAUUGCCAGGAACCCCUUACAACCAGCAGAUUGCCAAUUGCUGCAAAGGGGGAGUGAUCAGCUCCUGGGCACAGGACCCAGCCAAUGCAGUGAGCUCCUUUCAAGUUAGUGUGGGUGCCGCUGGAACCACUAACAAAACUGUCAGGGUGCCAAAGAACUUCACCUUGAGAGCACCUGGGCCUGGAUAUACUUGUGGGCCAGCAAAGAUUGUGAAAUCAACUAAAUUUAUAUCGGCUGACCAAAGGAGAAUCACUCAAGCUUUAAUGACCUGGAAUGUUACUUGCACUUACUCACAAUUCCUGGCUCAAAAGACACCUACCUGUUGUGUUUCUCUCUCCUCCUUUUAUAAUGACACAAUAGUAAGCUGUCCAACUUGUGCUUGUGGCUGUCAAAAUAGCACAAAAGGACCGGGGAGUGGAACCUGUGUGCACCCAGACUCUCCACACUUAGCCUCAGUUGUCUCACCUCCAGGAAAAUCUGACAAUACACCUUUGGUCCAGUGUACCAGCCAUAUGUGUCCAAUUCGAGUCCACUGGCAUGUCAAGCUCAAUUACAAGGAGUAUUGGCGGGUGAAGGUUACAAUCACUAAUUUCAAUUAUCGAAUGAACUACUCGCUGUGGAAUAUGGUUGUGCAACACCCCAACUUUGAUAACCUAACCAAGAUUUUCAGUUUUAAUUACAAGCCACUUACUCCUUACGAAGGGCUAAAUGAUACAGCCAUGUUAUGGGGUCUCAAGUUCUACAAUGAUUUUCUUUCACAAGCUGGCCCUCUUGGGAAUGUUCAGUCAGAGCUACUUUUCCGAAAGGACAAAUCAACUUUCACUUUUGAUAAGGGGUGGGCUUUCCCUAGGAGGAUUUACUUUAAUGGUGAUAAUUGUGUAAUGCCACCACCAGAUGCCUACCCAUGGUUGCCGAAUGACAGUUCUCGCCCUGUCAUCUCCUUACUACUUCCAGUCAUGACAUUCUUUGUGUCUAUGGCAUUCCUGUUUGCCCAUUUGUGA